AUGGAUCAGACUCCUGUACCCUACGAAUUCUUGAAUGGAACGUCCUACGACUUCAAGGGUGCAGAAACCGUCUGGGUCAAGGAAACCAGAUCCGGAUGGGACAAGAGGUGUGCCACACUCAUGGUUUACGUUACGGCCGAUGGAUUUCCUCACUGCAGACCUCUUCUGAUCUUCAAGGGGACGAAUGGUCCGAAAAACUCUACGAUCAGGAGCGAGAUGAAGCAAUACGAUGAGAGGGUCAAGGUCCAAUGGAAUCCGAAGGCCUAUUAUAAUAGCGAGGUUAUAAUUAAGUAG